CGUGGGUUUAGACCCGCUCGUAUAAAACGGGGCCCCAAGAAGGAAAAAUGGCAAACUUCAGCACGUUACCACAGGAGAAAUCGAACCAGACGGGAUGAAGUUGUUGCAUUUCGCAGUUGCCGUUUUGCUGAUCGGCUCUGCGACUGCCGCCUGGUAUGACCAACUCAUCAACGAUAUAGUCGAGAACGUGUUGCUGAUAUUGACGGGGAGAGGAAGACUGGAAAUUCUCGGUCACCGCUGCGGGCUCAAUUGGAAGCCAGUGUUCCAUCGUUGGAAGUUGCAUUUCGACACCAAAGUCUACUGUAACGGUUGGACCAACAUCGUUGGAAAAGGUUUCCAUCAGAGUCCGAUCACUUCGGUAAGGAAUGCCGUCAGGGACUUCACUCAACAGGCAUUCGCACAAGCGUACCAAAUGAUCUGCUCUGCUACCCUCUGUGAGGAGCUCACGAUGUCCAAUCGCUUCCCGUUCGAGGAGCGUGUCUGGGCAAAAUACAAAGUCAUGAUCAACGAGAGGCGCUGGAAGUUCGAGAGCAAUAAAGGCAUGAACUUGAAUGCAUCAUAUUGCGAGGUAGAAAGAGCCGACCUUCAUUCUUUCCUCUCCCCCUGUUCCUGGCUCGUGUUUCUCUUUGAUUUCGCUGCCAGGAUGAAGUUAUCCUAUUUCAUCUUCGCCUUCUUGGUCAUCGGUUCUGCUACUGCCGGGUGGGAAGAACUCAUCGGUCCGGCCGUCGAGAAGUUGAUGGGACUGUGGAAGAACGAAAAGAUGGAGUUUCUGGGUCAUCAAUGCAACUUCUCCACGUCCCCCAGUUUCUACAGAUGGGAACUGUAUCACAACACGAAAGUGAUAUGUCCCGGCUGGACCAACAUCGAGGGAUAUGCCAAGACCAAGAGUCCGACCGGGUCUUUGAAGCACGCCACCACCGACUUCGUGAACAAGGCCCUACAAUCAGGACUGGUAACAGAAGAUCAGGUGAAAGAAUUUCUUCAAGCCUAAGAGAAGAGACGAAGCG